AUAUAUAUACGUGAUUGAAGCGAAGUAGCGUCUGCUAGCACUUGCGUUCUAACGCAUGCGCGAGAUUCGUCUCAAUUCACAACGCUAGAGUGCGCUCGGGAAGACGAUAUUAGCGCUAAUAGCGUCGUUCUAUCUUUGUUAUUUGUUGAAUGUUGAACAAGGACGAGUUAUUCAUAGCGCUAAAAACGUCCCCCGCCAACGCAGCCCUAGUCCGAGAGUCCGAGCACGUGCGCUCAUGACAUUUGGAUUAUGACGAUGCGUUACGUCUCCUGUUCGUGCAACCGCGUGCCACAUUGCGCCGAUUGGGGUAGCAACGGCCUCGUCUGCUUCGGAACGUGCAAUGCGAUCGCGAUAUAUGAACCAUGCAUGCACAUCGGUCACGUCACACACACGUUGCAUCGGCAUCGUGACCGCGUCAACACGGUGCACUGGAUAAGGCCGGGAAACGGGACACCGGAGAAGGAAUUUCUGUCCGGCUCUGUGGACGGUACCGCGAUCAUCUGGAGCGAGGAUCGUCGAGAUGGCUUUCGAGUUACUUCGAUGUUGGAUGUGGGAGAUGUCGUAACUUUUGCUGACUCCCUCCAAUUAUCUGACGUUUCCUUGUCCAUCGCUUUCCCGAAACUGUUGAUAUGCACGGGUUCUAUCAACGGCGAGUUAAAAUUAUGGUUGAGAAAGGGAAAUGCCGACAUUGAAGUUAUUCAAAUUAUUUCCUAUGGAAGGAAAUUACCAGUACAUUGUCGCCUGAUGUACUUGCCAAACGCUAAAUGUCCUCUCUUGGCUGUAGCAUUGGAGGAUGCUUCCAUUCUGUUAUACACCAAAGACUCUGAUGUAUCAGAAUCGAAUUUUGUAAGAAUCCAGAGUUUACUUGGGCAUGAAGAUUGGGUAAGAUGUAUCGAUUUUCAUCACGAUGGUGAAGGAAAUCUUUUUCUUGCGACAGGAUCGCAAGAUAAUAUGAUACGACUAUGGAAAAUUACCGAGACUGUCACAGAAUCGUCGACUGAUGAACUUGAACAAAAAAAAGAUAUCUUUAUAAUAAAUGAUAAAGAAUAUAAUAUUACUCUAGAAUCUAUUCUUUCUGGUCAUGAAGGUUGGGUUUAUGGAGUGCACUGGCAGUCUAUAAAAGUAAACAAUCACCAAACAAUGAAAUUACUAUCCUCCUCGCUUGACAAGUCUAUGAUUAUAUGGGAACUGGACGAAUCCAGUGGAAUUUGGACAGAGAAAAUACGUGUCGGAGAAGUUGGUGGCAAUUCCCUGGGUUUCUAUGGUUGUAAAUUUGGUCCAGAUGGAUUACAUAUAUUGGCACAUGGUUAUCAAGGUUCUUUUCACAUCUGGAAAUAUUCCCAAGAAAUUUCAAAUUGGAUUCCACGAUCUACACCCAGUGGCCAUUUUGCCGAAGUAGUUGACUUAUGCUGGGAACCAAAAGGAAGAUUCCUCAUCACAGCCAGCACAGAUCAAACUACAAAGGUUCAUGCACCAUGGAAGGAUGAUCUCAAAGAAUUAUGGCACGAGAUUGCACGUCCUCAGAUACAUGGAUAUGAUAUGACAUGUUUAGUUAUGUUAGCACCAUAUAUGUAUGCUUCUGGCGCAGAAGAAAAAGUAGUGCGCAUUUUCGCAGCUACAUCAGCAUUUAAAAAACGCUUGAGACCGCUAGCGAAUGUCGAAGAUUUCAAAUCUACAGCGGCCCAUGGUGCUACUGUACCUUCUCUUGGAUUAACGAAUAAAGCAACAUUUGACGAAAAAAAUGGUCAAUGCGAAAAUGGUCAAAAUGAAGAAGAUCCAAUAACGAAGAAUGUAUAUGAACCACCUACAGAAGAGGAACUAGCACAAAAUACACUUUGGCCAGAGUUGCAAAAGCUUUAUGGACAUGGUUAUGAAAUAUUCUGCAUGGCAGCGAGACACGACGGACAAUUACUUGCUACAGCAUGCAGAUCAACUUCUAUAGAACACUCUGCAAUUAUAUUAUGGAGUACCGAUUCAUGGUCGCAAGUUCAAAAAUUAUUUUCUCAUCAAUUAACAGUAACACAAAUGGAGUUCUCUCCGAAUGACAGAUAUUUACUGUCUGUCUCUAGAGAUCGAAGAUGGUCGCUGUUCAAAAAUGAAGGCGAAAGUUACACGUUAAUCGCAGUUAGUUCGAAGAAAAACAGUCCGCAUUCGCGAAUAAUUUGGUGCUGUGCUUGGACGAGCGAUUCGAGUUAUUUUGUGACUGGUUCCAGAGAUGGAAAAAUCGGUGUGUGGUUCGCGAUGGAGGACACAACUGAAGAUGUUAUACCAGAAAUGAUUCUAGAUACACAAAAUCAAUCAGUUACAGCACUUUGCUUUGCGCCAAGCAGUAUAGAAGGAUCUUAUGUUUUGGCUAUUGGAUAUGAAACAGGAUACAUAGAAAUUCGAAAAAUCACUAUUACUUUGGAGAAGACAUGGUUGGAAUUGUUGAAAUAUGAUACUUCUCAGGCUCAUCAUUUAACUGUAAAGAAACUUAUGUUUCGACCUAAUAAUGAACAUUCAUGCAAUACAUUGCAAUUAGCAAGUUGUAGUUCCGAUCAUUCAGUUAAGAUAUAUGAUAUAAAUCUAUCAUAAUGUUAAAGACAUAAUUUUUACAACGUGCAAAUAAAUUUCUACUUCAAUAUUGUGUUUUAUAAAAUGUUCUUGUAUAAAAUUGUACACAAUCUUAUACAAAUCUAUGGUUGAAAUCUAUAAAUAUCUACAAAAUUCUAA